CUAAUCAGCGCCAGGUCGCCGGCGCGCCAUCUACCUUAUUUGUCAACCUGCAGGUGGGGGGGCUUCGGGUCCGAAGACAUUUGCAGGGGUUUCGCAGGGUGACUUGCUUAUGGUAACAAGCAUUGUUGGCAAGGCUUGGGUCGUCUUGGGCCGAUAAGCGGUGCCAUGCUCGGGCUCGCUAAAGCUGGCGUUGUGGUUUGAGAGCACUCUCCGAGUCUUUGCUUCCCGGCUUGAACUUGGCAGGCUGCGUUGUGCUGUUCUGUUGAUUCUCCGCUCCUCUAGGCUUUUUGUCUUCUUACAGCACUCCAGAGUCUUGCACAUAUCGCCCAACAUGGCAGAAAAGUCUGAAGAAUACGCGCCUUUAUACGAUCCUCGUUCGUCAGGCGAGAAGUCAGAAUCAGACUACGACGAUGUCGAGAUGAAAGCCCUGGGCCAGCGUGGUCGCCGCCACUCUCGCUGGCGGCGGGCCCGCCCCUGGGCUCUGCACCUGGGCCUACCGAUGCUCUACACUGGCAUCUUCCUCGGCUCGAUGUACGCCAGGCCGCUGACGGGAACAUUUAGCAUGGUAGACUCACCGGCAAAGUACAUUGGCGAAAAUACACAUCUCGAGGUCUUCCCACUCGCCGGCCCACCAAAGGGCAUCUACACGGGCGAGCCGCGAGAGGAGCUUGACGAGGCGUGGCGGACGCUGCUACAGUAUAACAACAUCCGCAUCUCGGAUGAAUGGAUCCACAAGUACGGUCGCGAGGACACUGCUGUGAAGCUGCCCGAUGGGGGAUAUCUGGGCAUGCUGAGCGCUUUCCACGAGGUGCACUGCGUGAAACGCUUGUACCAGACACUUCAUCGCGACCAUUACUUUCCCAAUGCGACCGCAGAAGAGCUCGAUGUCAACCUCGAGCAUGAUAUGCAUUGCCUCGAAGUCCUGCGCAUGAGCGCAAUGUGCCGCGGCGACGUCUCCCUCAUCAACCACCGCUGGAAGGAGGACAGCCCGUACCCCAACGUCGACCAGCGCGCGCCGCACCAGUGCGUCGACUGGGACGCCGUCAUGGACUACUCUGCGUCCAUGGCCGUGGACGUGUACCAGGAGCAUUACAUUGUGAACCCAAAGACUGGUGUUGAGCCCUUUCCGCAUGGAAAGAGCAUCAAGCCGUUCAAGGAGCAGGAUCCGGAUAACCACAACCACCAUGAGGGCGGUAGUGGUAUGGAGGAGGAGAACAUGGGAGCGAGUACUUCACAUAUGGACCAUGAACACAUGCACGAGGGAUCCAUGUAGACAGACAAACAAACAAAAGAACAAAGCGUGUCUGGGCACGUAAGAUCAUGGGCAUCGUAUCAAU